AUAAUUGUCCAGAUUAUUUAUAUUGGAUAUUGAUAAUUAACCAUUAUAUUUUUAAUUAAUCAAAUUAGAAAUAAAAUUUUCACACUCAAAAACAUAAGCAUAGUAAAAUUAAAAAAGUGAUAAAUUUUUCUUCAAAAUAUAUAUAAAAAAAUAUAUUUAUUGAAAAAAAAAAGGGUUCCCAACUGAUGUCACGCUCUUUACACUUCCUCCCUUGCCCAUUUUGUAUAAAUAGCUCCUUCUACUCCCACACUUGUGAUUCGCUUAUCACUUUUCAACCCAAAAAAAAAAACAUCCUUUCUCUCUCCUCCCUAAAAACUCCUGAAAAACAAAAAACUAAUCUCAAUUCCUUCAAAGUAAAUCUUACUCCCUCCCAAAUUCAUAAACCCGUCUUAAGGGCUGCAUAUAUCAUUACCGAUAAAUUAUUAUAAACCCAGUCAGAAGACUGGAAUUCCAAUCUCAAAAAUCCCAAUUCUCACCGGAUCUCUGGAAACCAUGCCGGAGAUUAAUAACAAUGAAACUCUUUCCUCCACCGCGGCCACCGCAGCCGAACAAAAACCCGUCUUGUUUGGCAAAUACGAGUUGGGGAGACUCCUCGGCCGAGGCGGCUUCGCUAAAGUCUACCACGGCCGAGACCUACGCAAUGGAAAAAGCGUGGCUGUGAAAGCUGUUAGUAAACAAAAAAUUUACAAGGGUAACCUCACGGCACACGUGAAACGAGAAGUGUCUAUCAUGCGCAGAUUGCGCCACCCCCACAUCAUCCGCCUCCACGAGGUCCUCGCCACCAAAUCAAAAAUUUACUUCAUCAUGGACUUCGCAAAGGGCGGUGAGCUCUUCGCGAAGGUCUCGAAAGGCCGAUUCAGCGAAGAUCUCAGCCGGCGGUAUUUCCACCAAUUGAUCUCCGCUGUCGGGUUUUGUCAUUCUCGCGGUGUAUACCACCGCGAUCUGAAGCCCGAAAAUCUUUUAUUAGACGACAAGUGGGAUUUAAAAAUUACUGAUUUUGGGCUCAGCACAGUAAAAGAUCAGACCCGACCAGACGAGAUGUUACACACAAUGUGUGGAACUCCUGCAUAUGUCGCACCCGAAAUUCUCGCGAAAAAAGGGUACGACGGCGCGAAGGUCGAUAUAUGGUCGUGUGGAAUCAUACUAUUUGUUUUAACUGCGGGGUAUUUACCGUUUAAUGAUACGAAUUUGAUGAAUUUGUAUCGGAAAAUUUACCGCGGUGAAUUUCGGUGUCCGAGAUUUAUGUCACCCGAGUUAAAAAAUUUGUUAUCUCAUGUUUUGGAUGUUAAUCCAGAAAAUCGAUAUUCAAUCCAACAGAUUAUUGAUGAUCCUUGGUUUAAGAAAGGCGACGAAAAAAACAACAAGGUUGAUUUAGCGUCGUUUUAUUUUGAUGAUGACGAGAAAGAGGAGGAAGUGGAGAGGGAGAGUUGUGGUGGGUUUGAUGAAGAGAAGGAAAACUCGAGAUUUUUGAAUGCAUUUGAUUUGAUAUCGUUUUCGCCCGGGUUUAAUUUAUCCGGGUUGUUUAUGAAGGGUGAGCGGGAUAAGGAGAAUUGUUGGGAGACGUUUUUAUCAAAAGAGGCGGCGGAGGCGGUGGUGGAGAGGGUGGAAGAGGCGGCGCGUGGGAUUGAAGAGGUGGAGGUGGAGAGGAUGCGGUGUGGGAUGGGGGUUAGAGUCGAGGGGCAAAAUGGGGAUUUUGGUGUGGUGGUGGAAGUUCAUAGGCUAACGGAGGAUUUUGUUGUUGUACAAGUUAGGAAGAGAGAAAAAGAUGUGGGGCCUAGUCAUGAAUUUUGGAAGGAGAAGUUACGGCCCAAGAUUUCCGACCUUGUUUAUAAUCCUGGCACAAGAAUUGAAAUUGAAACCGAAACUGGAUCAGUUAAUUUAGUGGUGCCAAAAUCGUCUUGCUUUUAAAUUCAUGUUACGAAUUUAAUUUAAAGAAUUUGAAAAUCUGAUUAAGUAGUAGUAUAUGGAGUGAACCAAUGAAGUCUUACCAAAUGAUUAAGACUAAGGUUACAUAAUAUUAGUAUUAUGUUUAAUAUAUAUACCCCUUCUGUAUAUAUUUAUAUGGUUAAUUUCUUCAUUAAACUGCGAAAAAUCGAGACCUAUGCUAAAUUUUGAGUUCUUUUGUGG